CGGCGGCGAGCCCUGGCGGAAGCCAAGAUGGCGCGGAAGAGGUGUCCGGGCCGCGGUGGGUGCCCCGUCGGUGUCUGAGCCGAGUUACUUGGAAGGGACGGUGACAGACGCCCUGUGUGCGCGAUGGCCCGGCAUCGGAACGUCCGGGGCUAUAACUACAACGAAGAUUUUGAAGAUGAUGAUUUGUACAGCCAGUCUGUGGAGGAUGACUACUGUAUUUCACCAUCAACCGCUGCUCAGUUUAUUUACUCUCGACGUGACAACCCAGUAGAAGAGUACGGCUAUGAAGAUCUGAGAGAGUCUUCAAGUCACCAGUUGAGUGACAUUGACCAAGCUCACCUUUAUUCAUGCCUGGAUCACAUGAGAGAGGUCCUGGGGGAUACUGUGCCUGAUGACAUAUUGACUGAAGCAAUUCUGCAGCACAAGUUUGAUGUGGAGAAGGCUUUGUCCAUGGUCUUGGAACAAGAGAGUGUGCAGAAUUUGAAGGGGAAGAGCGAAAGAGCUGUGCCUGCAGGAAAGCUGUCAAAAGGAGUCUUACUUUCUUCCUUUGAAGUUUCACCCGAAAUUGUUCAACAGUCUUAUUCUCAAUCAGAAAAUCACUUGGAUAGCAGUAGCAAAUCUGAUUGUUGUAGCUCAGUAGCAAAAUAUGGAUCACACAGUUCUUCACUUGUGCCAAGUCAAUAUUUACUUCAUAGAAAAAAGAAACUUGAGAGACCCAAAAGUGAAAAGGAACUAGAAUCAUGUAAGUUAACAAGAGAGCUGUCUCUAGCUCACCUGAUUGAUGAUAUGCCAAGAGAUUCCUGUGCAAGCCAGCCAUCAGUCAGACUGCCACCCUCAGACAGUACACAGAGCCAGCUCCCUAAGACUCUAGAUGCUGAUAUGUUGCGUCCUCCUCCAUCUGAGUGUGCUCCUGAAGAUGAUUUUACUCUCAAAGGAAUACCAGACUUAAAGUCCUUAAUGCGGGGGAACAUAGCAGCUAGUGGUUCUUUGGGUGUUCAGAGCAGUUCACUACCUGAUUUUCGGAGUAUUCCAAUGCAGAGCAUCUUGGGAACUUUAAAUAACCCAUUGCACCUAUCUAGCCCAGUUGAAAACAAUUUUAACUCCAAUAUAAGCACUGAGCUUGGACAAGGUGCCAAGAAUAAUAUUGUGAAAAAUGACAGCUUACUGUUUUCCCAAUGUGGAAGUCCGUCGCUGGCUGACCUGUUUGAGGAACACAGAGAGAACAGUCGCAGCCAGUGCUUCACCUUGCCUGGUCUGUGUAGCCCAUCUGCCAGCUUGGGCUCCCUUCCCCUGGCACACCUGGCAGACCGCUCUCAGGUUUCCAACACAGUAUCGGAGUUAACAGGCUCUCUGUCUUCAUUGGCAUUUUGUAAAGCUUCUCCCACAAGAGACCUGGAGAAUUUGUCCCUUUCUGAUUUGAUUGCAAAAUCGAUUGAACUAGACAACUCUCAGAUUAAGAGAGACUCCUUUGAGCUUAGUUUAUCUGAAAUGAGGAGUCCUGGAGUUGAUUCAAAUAUCGAUCUUAGUGUCCUGAUAAAAACUCCAGAGCCUGUCCCAAAGCCUGUAGUUGACCUCUCAGUUGCUACAAUACCAGAGGCUAAAGUUCUAAGUUCAAAGUUAGGGGAAAAUUCCAGUUCUACUAAGGAAAGUAAGAAAAACAAAAAGGGCUCUCUUCCUAGGAAAGCACCUUUGUCUGUGUCGUGGACCAAGGCCCUUGCUGCUAGGCCUUCAGCUUUUGCUUCAACGCUGUGUCUUCGUUACCCAGUGAAAAGCUGCAAAAGGCACACUCUUGAACUCUACAAGACUUUCCUUUAUAGUAGACAAGUUCAAGAUGUGUCAGACAAAGAAAUAAGUCCUCUUGUAGCAAUAACGCCAUUUGACUUCAAAUCAGCAUCUCCGGAUGACAUUGUAAAAGCUAAUCAAAGGAAAGCAUUUACUAGAGAAUAGGAACAAAAGGAAAACUUGGCUACUGCUGUAAGCUUUUAAUCUUAAUGUAAAGUCUUUGUAGGAUCAUUUUAUAUUAUGGGAUUCAAAUUGUGAUUUUUAUUAAAAUUGUCUUAAGUCUGUUAUAACAACCUAGGUUGAUAAGGAUUUCUGCACUGAGAAUUUUUUUACGUUAUCUUCUUGGAGUAAUGACUGGUGUCAUUGAAGUUGCUAGCUCAUAAGAGUGUAUGUUUACAUUGUGAUAUGGAAAUACGAUAUUGUGAAUUGAACCUCAGAUAUUUCAUUUGAUAUCCAACUUAAGUUUUUUCUAUGAAUUAUUUUUGUGCUUUUUUUUUUUUUUUCUUAAAUGGAAGUGCAACUACUUGGGAUUAUCAUAGUAUGAAGAUGGUUCCUAGGAUACACAGCACAGCUGAGACAUUUUAUAUUUUCAAGUAUUAUUGGCAUCAUUCCUAGCUUUAUUGUUUUACUUAGAUGACUACUGAAAUUUUUCUACUAGAAAAUUUAAAAAUUCUUGAAUUUUGAAAGUACUAUGAAAUAUAGCUAAGGUGCAUUUUUGAUGAUGAAAUGAAAAUCUUUUAAGGGACCAUGUAUGUGUUGGAGUUGGAUUAAUACAGAAAUUAUUUUUAUAUGCUAUAUAUUUUAUAGACUUUAAGGCACCCUUUUUAAAAUAAACAUGUAUAGAAUAUUUGGGAAUAUGUCGCAUGUCAUUUGAAUAGUUUUUACCAGACCUCUAACAGUCUCUUUAGGGUAGGUUCUGGGGUGUGGACCUCUCCCUUUUGCUGCUAAUGGCUGUGUGCCUGGCUCUCACAAAGCUCAGCAGCAGCAGAGCCCAUUAGGAUGCUUGUAGUCAGUCAGUGGAUAAGGAAGGAUGCCUCUUGGAUGGCACUGGUCCUCAGCAAGGGUACGAAUCACCAGAGAACAUUUUCAAAAUGCAGCCACGCUUGCUGCUUUUCAGACUGGCUGAGUGUGUUUGUGAGGGAGGCCCUGGGGAGUGGAUUUGCUAGGUGGUUGCCAUGUGACACCUAUGGGCUGCUUUUCCUGCAGAAUAAAAUUUUAAUACCAAAUAUGUCUGACCAACUUAAUUUCUUUUUUUAAGUCUUCUUUUCAUUAUUUAGAGAAUACUUUGUUAGUUUUUGUAAUCAAGCCCUUGUAGAUAAAAUUGAAUUUCUAAUAAUCACGAAUAUCAAGGAAAAAUUAUUAAUCAGGUAUAAUGGUCUUUUGUUUAGAGUGAUAAAAAGUAGUGUUAAUAUUUCUUACAUAGUGUUAUUUCUUAGUAAAAAUUGAGUGACUGUCCUGUAAGUAGUAAUAUUUUUUUUUCCUAGCAGCUGCUUCACUAUAUCUUGAUUGUAGGUGCAUGUGUGUGUGUGUGAGUGUAUUUGUGUUUGUGUGUGUAUGUAUAUGUGUUUGUGCAUGUGUAUGUGUGUCUCUGAAUGUAUGUAUGUGUGUCUCUGAGUGUAUGUGUAUAUGUGUGUGUCUGAGUGUAAUAGUGUCUCUGAGUGUCAGAGUGUGUGUAUGUGUGUAUAUAUGUGUGUGUCUCUGUGUGUGUGUAUGUAUGUGUAGGUUGUAUCUUUGUGAGUGUAUAUGUAUGUGUGUGUGUCUCUGAGUGUGUGCAGUGUGUGUGUGUGUUUGUUGUAUCUCUGAAUGUGUGUGUGUCUCUGAGUGUGUGUGUAUGAGUGUGUCUCUGUGUGUGUGUAUGUAUGUGUGCGUGUCUGAGUGUGUGUGUGUGUGUGUGUGUGUGUGUGUGCAUGUUUACAUUUGGAUUGUUUACCAGUAGUCUUGGCUGAAUGUAAGCUAGCAUAUCCAGUAUUCUGCUGAGCCACAGUCCAAGUCCCACAUUGUGUUGGAGGCUAUAAAACCACACCAUGCAAAAUGUAGGGUUAGCAUCACAGUCAGGGCUGUCUUUGCUUUUCUAGUCUUUUCUCUCCGCCAGUGUAUGUCUGUACAGGCAGAGGCCAGGGCAGAGUCGAAUUGUAUCAAGAGUUGGCAACUCGUAGUUACUCCUCAGAGAUGAAGCCCUACACAAGGGUUCUCUUUGCCCAGAAAGCCACACAUUUGCUCUUGAUCCACAUUGAAGUAUUGUUUUAUUUUUAUGAUGGAGUAAUUUUUAUAAAGAACAACAGUACCUUGUAAGCUGUACUUAGGACUGCAUGCCCCUUUUUUGGCUGAUUAGGAUUGAAACUACCACUUAGGAGAUUUCUUUUACCGCUUUUAGUGUUUUUCCCCCCCUGGCAGCUGCUUUGCUAUUCCGUGUGUGUGUGUGUGUGUGUGUGUGUAAAUCUCGUUUUUAAGAUAACUUCCUGGCCUUCCUAUUUUCUUUUCUUGGCUACCGGCAUGUCAGGCCUAUGCUUGACAAGGUCGCUGUUCUGACUGUGGCAUGCCACAGUUUCUGAGGCUCAGAGCGGGGAGCCCACAAUGCCUCUUCGUGCUUCCACCCUUGGCUGUGGUCCUUGGCAUAGAGCAGGUUGUGCUCAUUGGUAGAUAGGCUGUUGUGAGGAUGUUUACACCAACUGUACACCAGCUGCUGCUGUCUUGGUAGCUCAGGGAUGUUGAGAGUGUUUUAGCUUUACUUUAUUUUCUGUUUCAAAUAUCCAUGUUGACAUGCAAAGACACUUGUGUUUAUUGCGAUCAGCGUAAUACAGUAAAUUAGUUCUAAGUGAUGUGGAAGAUGCUCAACAGGAUUG